CACUGAAUUGAGUUUUUAUUGUAAAAAAAUUGACUUGAAUCAAUGUUGAUAAGCUAAAACUUGUUUCCAUUACCAUUUCAAUAUGUAAUUCCAAGUUCAUCUUUAGGGCGAAUUGAUAUUUAAGGUGAUUCAACAUGAAAGAAACAUCAGAGGAUAACCCUGAUCCAGAGGAUAAGAGUACUGAUGACACCGACUCAAUUCUUAAGGUGAUAACCAGAAGAAAAUGGGGAGCUCAAGCUUCGAGGACGCCGAAGAAACAGCGGUUAAAGCAUCCAGUGAACUUUGUGAGGUUCUUAGAUACGACGACGGACGCCGACUCGUACGAGGAUUGUUCAGAGUACAUGAAGGAGGUUCAGAAGUUCAGAAUGUUCACAGGAGACACGGACAUACCUUACAAUUUCGUGGUGGGCUCGGACAGCUUAGUGUAUGAGGGGGUUGGUUGGAAGGUAGAAGUAGACCGACCUCUGAAGCUAAGGUAUCUGCUAGGUGACUGCCUGGAUAUAGCCUUCAUUGGCGAUCUUGAGGACGGAUUCAUGCCAUCAAGCGAAAUGUUCAAAGCAGCUAUUGAUGUCAUCAAGUACGGUAUAGAAAAAAACUACAUUUCCCCGACAUAUCUGCAGCUCCCCUUAGACGGUUGGAGGCCAUCAUACUUUCUUAAACCUCAUCGGUAACUAUUGAUCAAGCAAUUGAAGUACACAAUGGUAUAAAUAGGGAGUUUAUUAUUGUUAUUUUAAUUGUAAGUGUUUUAACAUUGAAGGGCCUUAUAUGUUGUAAUUAUUUGGAAAACAUUCAAUUGCCUUUAAGCUAUUCAGUUUUGACACUGUAACAUUUGUGAAAAACGCGCAUUCUAGUGUUUUGGAAGAGACCAAAGUUUAUUGUUUUCCAAGCAGUAUACAAAGUUUAUAAACACAAUAUUUUUCUAAAAUAAAAAGAGUAUUAA